GAUCAUAGUGAGGUUCAUGGAGCAGUCCGAGAGAUCAAGUGUUUCUUGUUAGAUAUUUUGUUUCCGCAGUAUUAGUUUGUAGAUGGCUCUGAACCCCAACAAUUGGUAUCAGAGCUUUAGGCUGGAUAGAAGAUUCUGAAGAGAGAAGUUCUUGGAUUUUCUGGUUGGCAGAAAAUUUUGAAGACAAAGGGAUUUGGUUUCAUCAAGUAUGUGAAGAUUUGAUGUUACAGUUUCCGAAGAUGCAGAGUUUGAUGUUUUCAAGUAUAUGUAACAUUCGAUUUCAUCAGUUUCGGGAACAAAACAAAGUAAAGUGUACUUCUAAAGGAAUGGGAUUAUAUCAGUUGAUCUGCAUUCGAUAUGGUCAAGAUAUAUGGUCUUGAUGUUUGUGGUGCUCUACAUUAGAGAUUUGACAAUGAUUCCUAUUGGAGCAUAAACCCUAUGCGUGGCUUCAAGUAAGUUUAUUUAAUAUCUAUACUUCGUACCAUGAACUGUUUGAAAGACCUGCGUAGUUGUUUUUCAAUUAAUUGGUGUUUGCUUGGCAAGAUACAAGAAGGCAAGAGUAUCGUAGUUGAGAUACAAAUAUUAUUUUGUAUGUUUGUGAAAGUAAAGAUGAAACAUAAGCAUGUCAAAGUCUCAUAAUUGUUCCAAACCAUGGGAAACAAUAAUUUGGUUAUCAAUCGCCAUCAGUUGGAUCAUGUUGCUGAGUUUCUUUAACAUGAAGUUGAAGAAUGUGAAGAUGAAUUCUUACUCGUUCUGCCUUAAUUGUCUGUUACAAUAAGGAUUUGGAAAUCUCUUAGUAGGUUUCGUUUUGGAAGUAUUGAUCGUUGGCCAUGAUUUGAUAUGUUCCAGAAGUGAAGAUUUUGAUUUCAGUCUGAGUAUUUGAAGCAUGUAUGCUACAAAUAAGUUGCAGGACAGUGAUCGUUAGAUGAGAUGUGAUAUUAGUUGUGGUGGAGCUACGGUUUCUUAUUCUUGUAUAAGAAGAAGUUUUUCGACACAAUUUGUAGGGUUUGUUUGUCUGUGUUGAGUAUGGCAUUAUGGUAGAACAAUGUUUUCUGGAGUUUCUCUCGUAUUGUUUCCGAUGGAGAAGCUAGAUAGUUUGUGAUCUUUUGAUUCUUGUCGAUGACGUUCAGUCGAAGAUUUGUUUUUGGUUGUACACCAUUUGAAUUCGAUCGGAUCUGGUUGAAGUGCAACACCGUUGGGAGAAACAGGUUGGUCUAUUAUGUUGCAGAUACGUUCCUAUUUUGGUGAAGACCUGUUGUGAGGAAUUAAAAAGGUAUCGCUUGGACACUUCAAGAGUUUAAAGUAUCAAGAUACAAUACUACAAUGUGUAUGGUGGUGCGGCUACGAGUUAACGCAUGCUAUUUGGAGAAAACACGGUGCAUGAAUUUCAGAAGGGCUACAAUUUCGGCGUGUUUUUCCAUCAACCUUUAUUAUCCAUUGGCUAUUUGAUUUCUUGAUGAUCAGUGUGAGACUUUAUAUUGGAGAGAGAUACCUUAUAGCAAUGAUAUUAUUAGGGGGUUUUGCUCGUCUGCUACAGUUAUUGAAAUUAAUUUCAAUAGUGACAGAGCCUGUAGAGAUGAAGGUAAAGAUUUCUUUUGAGAAAUUUGGUUCAGCAAUGAUAUAAUUUCCGUCAAGUUAUUUUCUCUACAUUGUUUGAGAAGAUAAACACAACAGCGUCUUGAAUUGCUUGGAGCUUGAGGAAGUUACCAAAGGUUUCAGAUUAUGGUUGUGUGUGAUUGGGUCUUUGUCUGAAGGACGGAUUAUCAGAGUUUGAAACGUUGGUGUACGUUUGGAGCAAGAUUUGGAAAGGGAUAUGCACAAGGAAGAAUGUGUGACUUUAUGCAUUGUUACAAGGGUAACGGUGAAUUCUUUGACGUUAGUCACAGUGUUAUCCGAGUCCGAAGUGCGUUGAGGUUUGAUUGUCGCGAAGUCGAAACUACAUGCUUGCUAAGAAAUUGAUAAAAGACUAUCUUGACAAUUAUAUUAAAGCCCGUAAAAAGGACAUUGCUGGCAAAGCCCGUUGAGGUUGCUGAAGUGGUGAAGAUGAUUGGUGUGUCAGUUGUCGAAGUCUCCGUGGAUACAUGUUUUGUAUGUAUGCAGUUGUUCAAUAUAUGAUGAGUUUUUUGAAGGAGUAAAACUCAAUUGGGGAAAUAUGCUCGUAGAAUCAUGAUCGAAUCGAGGAUAGGCUCGUAAAGCAAUAUUCGUAGAGAUGAGCUAGAUUUUGGCACGCAGUGGCAAUGAUCAGUGGAUUGGUUAUAUUUGGUGCGCAGUUAGAGUCAUGCUCAAUAUGCUUUGGUACAUACAAGAUGGUUAGUUUCUUGGAAUCUAACACGAAGGUUGGUUUUAUAAACUAACACAAAGUAUCUCGUUAACUCGCUUUGGAGGACAUGCUCGUGGAAAAGAGCAAGUGUGUGGUUAGUUGUUUAAAUAAGCAAUUGACUCGGCUGGAGUUUAUAAACGAAGAUGAAGACUAUGGUUAUGCUAAGGUAACGCUUAGACAGACACAUGGAGGCUAUUGUGGUAGUUUUAUUUGUUGAUCGAUUAGUUAUGGAUGUCAAUCCUAACGGAUAUGGUGCGCAACUUGGAGUUAGUGUCUUAGAAGAGCUGAACAUUAACUCAGGUGGAGCGAGGCAGGCCAAGACGGAGCUGGUUUCAUAUGGAGCAAGUUUGAAGGGGAAGCAAAGGCUCAAGUGCGCAUGACAACUGUAACUAAGUUCGAUUGGUAGCAUAUGAACACUUAUCGUGUAUGGUCCGAUUGAGUUGGCAUGCAGUACACCUGGAAUUGUGUCAAUCAAUGUGGAGUUGUGAACAAGAAGGAGUAGUGGUGCGUCUCAAGAUGUUGCAUAACAGGUGAUCAUAUGAUGAUGGUUGUUGAGAUAGUCAUGAAUUUUUCACUGAGGUGGAGAUUUAUACAAUCACCAGUAGGUUGGAUUGUUAAGUCUGAGUUGGUGACGUUCAAGUUUGGUUUGCUCUCUUCUGGUGGAGAUUCUACGGAACAAUUUGGGUGAACUACUUUUUCGGUUUGAUUCCUAUUGAGGAUAUAUAGGCAACCAGUGAUGGUGCAAUCGGUUUUUCAGAAGAUUGAGAGAUAACAUGUUGAUCGUCUCAUGCAUAAAUGCAUGAUCCGAGGUGGAGAAUUGUGGGGCCAUCGGUUAAAGACCAGUCGGUGAAAGAGUUUUGAGUUUGGUAAAACUCAAACUUGGUCGGUGAGUGAUAUUUGGGUUUAUCCCAAAUUUGGCCGAUCAAAAGUUUAUGCCAAACUUAUGUUUACUUAUUCCUAAAGUCUAGGAACUUAAUAACCAAGUUAGGAAAUCCUAAACUUGUAGGAUAAGUAAUAUGUCUAUUAUAAAAGAAGGCCUAGGCUAUGAGUUUAUUAUAGAAUCCUCAAGGUAUAUCUUGUAGAGAUGUGAGGGAUUCAUCCCACCUCUUGAGGUGGUCAUGUGAGGGACCUAAUGGUGGAAGGAGUACAUCACUAUGGUGCUUAUGUAAUGAUUAUCGAUGUUGAAAGAUAUGUCGUUAUGGAGUAUUUAUGUGGAGAUGUUGGUAAGACAUCUUUUUGAGGAUAAGAUCAUCUUGGUGGUGCUGGAUUAGAUUAUUGGUGUUGAGGUGAAGGCGUCCAUGGUAAUCUAUGUCAGGGUGUGCAGAGAAGAUCGUCUCGUUAUGAUUGAUAAUGUGGUAAACAUUAUCUCGAUGGGUGAAGACACUACUUUGGAAUUAUAAGGCGUUUGUGAGAGUUUUUUUUUGUUCGAUCACAUUGUGAUGAGUCGAUCAAUUGAUUGUUCAAUUAUUGUGUAAUUCUCAAUUGGUGGUUCUAUAAUAAAGAAAGAGGUCGUAUCCGUUUGGUGGAUGUAGACAAUAUACACAUUGUGUAUAUUGUUGAACCACGUUAAAUCCGUGAGUACUUUAUUUCUUCUUGCUUUGUUUAUGAAUUGCAUCUGUGUGGUUCUCUUUCUCUUCUUCUUAUCCUAGAUCGUAGUGAGGUCCAUGGAGCAAUCCGAGAGAUCAAGUGUUUCUUGUUAGCUAUUUUGUUUCCGCAGUAUUAGCAUGUAGAUGGCUCUGAACCCCGACAAUGAGUUUCUUAAACUCUGGUGUUUACUGGAACGGUUGUUUGAACUGGAUUGGUAGUGGAAAAUUUAUAAAUGCCUGAGUCCUCAAUGUAUUUUGAUAUCGAUCAAGAGCUAGUAAAGCCGCUGCCAGCUUCGCCUCAUGGUGAUGAUCAGUCAAAAGUAGUGUAUUUUGGAGUGUGUGGUGGUCAUUUGUACCUUAUAGAGCUUCUCAAAUCAUGUUAUACCCAUUACAACGUUUUGAAGAUGGAGACUGAUUAUUCUGGGUGGAAACUUAUACACAAGCUUGACUUGGAAAAUCUGAUUGCUCUAUAUCCCGGGAGAGAUUAUGCAUUUCACGAUCAUAAGCUUCUUGGGAGAACAAUAUUGUCCGUCGAGGAAGAUGAAGCAGAAUCAUUGUCAAAGCUCGUGAUGGUCGUAGGUGGGAAGGAUGUUAUAUCUUAUGAUCUUAAAGAAAUGACUGUUACUCGAAUCCUUGAUACUCUUCUUCCUGAGAAUUUUUUUUUCUUCCUCUACGCCCCUCUUGGAGGCGUAUGGGGUCAUCUUCAUCAUUACAUGGAGUCACUUGUGUGUGUUUGAUGCAGUAACUCCUCUUCUUCUAGCUAGCACUCUACAUUUAUCCUAGAAGUUGUGUCCGUCCCUUUUUUACCUCGUUUUUCCGGCCUGAAUUACUUUUUUUUUUUUUUUGCUACGUAAAUUGGCAGAAGAUGGACCAUAUUUUCAAUGUCUUUGUAUUAGGAUUUCUUCGUUCACUCUAUGAAAUUAAUUAAUCAAUGGUAUCACAAUCCUAGCAUAAUGUUGGCAUGCAGUAAUACCCCCCAAAAGGGUAUUCUUAAUUUGGUAAUUUGGUAUAUCAUAAUGUUGGCAGUAAUACAAGUUACAACAGAUAUCCCACUAAGGGUAUUAUGGUAAUUCAUCCCCUUCGUUGAACUGAAGUUGAUGUCAAAAAAGGCAGUUAUAAAGUCAGAAUUGAAGUUGGAGGAGGAGAUCUUAAUUUGACUAAAGUAACAGUCAAGUAUAUAUAUAUAUAUACAUGACCAUCAAGUUGUGAGCUUUAGGAAUCUCAGAAUUUGAGCACAGUCAGUAGGAUCGUGGAAAAGGCGGAUGGCGAAGGAAUUGGCUGCCCUUGUAUUAGUGGUUCUCACAUUGGUGUGUGCAUCAUCAGUACAUGCAGUUCCUGACGAGGAAUUUUACACCGAGUGUGAAAACAUCGUUAAGAAGUGGGCAGCCUCUUCGCUGGAUGCAGAAGUUAAAGAUAAACAUACUUUGCAAGACUUGCUUUUCUUCCUCCACAUUCCCAGGACAGGAGGACGCACAUAUUACUACUGCUUCUUGAGAAAACUGUACACUAGUUACCUAGAAUGCCCUCGUUCGUAUGACAAGUUGCACUUUGAUCCCAGCAAACCAGAUUGCAGAUUAUUGGUUACUCACGAUGACUAUAGUAUCAUGUCCAAGUUGCCGAAAGGGAGAACUUCUGUGGUCACAAUAUUAAGAAAUCCAAUUGACCGUGUUUUUAGCACUUAUGAGUUUUCGGUGGAGGUUGCAGCGAGGUUUUUAGUACAUCCAAACUUAACUUCCGCAACUCAGAUGGGUAGUAAAGUACGUCCAGGGAAUAUCGGUGUUAGUACAUUGGACAUAUGGCCAUGGAAAUAUUUGGUUCCUUGGAUGAGGGCGGACCUUUUUGCCCGGAGAAAUGGAAGAGAAUAUGGGGAUUUUCGGGAUGUUAAAGAAACGAAGAAUCCGUAUGAGAUGAAAAAUAUUGUUAUGCCCUUUGAGGAAUUCAUCAAUAGUGCCGAGGCUUAUGAUAUCCUUCACAAUGGAGCUACUUUUCAGAUUUCAGGACUGGCAAACAACUCUUAUUUAGAGGAUCGUGAAGUGCGUUCCUGUGCGAUGAGUUAUCAGAGUCUUGGCAAAUAUGUGCUUGAAGUUGCAAAGAAAAGGUUAGACAAUAUGUUGUAUGUUGGACUUACUGAACAUCACAAGGAAUCUGCAACAAUUUUUGCGGAUGUGGUUGGGAAACAGGUAUUUUCGCAGUUGCAAGCAUUGAGCUCCAACUUUAUGAGAACUACCAGCAAUAAAACAGAAGCGACAUCUUCAUCUAUGGAUUCUAAGAUUGCAAAAGGUUUUCGAACGAAGGAACGGAAGGCAAGUGAAAUUCCUCCAACCAAUAAUGCCCAAUCAACAAAUGAAACUAUGACCGUUGAAGAACUGAUGGAAGCAUACGAUGGAUGCAGUUCUUCCUUACGAAAGACUCAAGCACGUCGGCGGACCUCUUCAUUUAAGAGAAUCUCUCCAGCAAAUUUCUCAAAAGAGGCACGGCUUCAGGUUCCUGAAGCUAUCCUCCAGAAAAUAAAAUCACUUAACAGCCUUGAUAUGGAGCUUUAUAAACAUGCCCAACACAUCUUUGAGCAACAAAAAAAUCGUCUGCUGCAGAAAACCGUUCAAGUGGAGGUUCCAGGGGAUGAUAGGUUCAAUAAGGAUCCACAUAAACAUGCCGAGCAAAAUUUUGCACAGCAAAAAAGUCCUCCCAUGCAGAAGUCAGUUAAAGUGGACAUGCAAAAAGAUGAUGGGUUCAAGGAGGAUCAGUACGGAGUUCUGGUCUUUAUUCUUAAGAACAUUCUAUUUGGAAUCACAAUUUUCUUUUCCGUUGUGCUCGUAAUGCUCCUUGUAAGCUCAAAAAUAAGAAGGUUGAGGACGAAGUUGCAUAAGUGGAUUAAUGUGCCACGACAUUGAAGCGCAUUCUCCAUCCUUAUAGGUCAUCGAUGUCAUAACAUAACCCAUUUGCCGUGAACCCGUUCUAAUUUUGACCUCAGAAAAAAUCUUCAUUUGAACAGUUGAAUUGGUUCGCAUCGUUUUUUUUUUUUGAUAAGCAAAAAAUAGGUAUUUUAGAAUACCUCUUUGUUGCUGCAUGAUGAUGAUGAUGAGGGUGCCAAGACUUGAUCCCAAACCUACUAGGUGGUUGAUCCCAAUGACAACCACUGAGGUGUUGGGGGGUUGGUGCUAAGUAAUUUGAAUUUGAAACCUCUGUAGUAUCAUCAGAUAAACAUUUCGUAGUCAAUUUUCAAAGUGUAUGCCAGACGAUUUUCUGCUCAGCGGUGAUCAGCGUGUCCACAGUACAUUCAAAAUUCAAAUUCUUUCCUGUGACAGAACACAGUUGGGGAGAAUUCUAUUGUGUACUGUAAGCGUGUAAAAGAGAACUUUGACCUUUGU